AUGGCAGCUAGCCAUACGCCCGCGCAGAAGGUGGUGAAAAUAUUGCACAAAAAUGAGAACCAAUUCCAAGAUGCUCAGACGUCCCGUUUAACCCCUCCAGAUACACCGACGAGUGUCUUGGACGGACCAUUAGACGCUGACCAGCCGAGCACCCCAUGCCAAACCAAAGAUGCCCCACGAAGCAAUUCGCGGUCGAGUCGCACACUCGAGUUCUCAUACGAUCUCGAAGUCGCGAAAGAUGGCAACAGUGGCCGUCUGCUGGAAUUCGGGCGCGGCGUAUGGAGCGUGGUAUACAAAGCUACGACGAGGUGGAUGUCCGAUGUGUCGGUUUUGACGCCACCCCCGUCACCAGUGGCUUCUGGUCGCAUUCUUGCUGUCAAAGUGCCUUUACGGCACGAUGCAGGGCCGGUACUCGCCGCCGAAGCUCAAGUUCUCAGUCGAGUGGCAGCGACUGCCAGCGCCGAUGAGUAUAUCGUGCCUUUCUAUGGUUUCAUCACUGCGUCUUCUUCGAUAGUGAUGUCCGCGAUCCCUCUUGCGCUGUCUACCCAUAUUGAGGAAUGCGCGCUGCGAGCCAAGGAGAAUUUCUCGACAAGGACAAUGCUAGACCCUGUUAUGUCCAUGCCAUGUUGGAUCACUCUAGCCGGGCAGUUAAUAAAGGGUUUAGAUUGGCUUCACGCCGAAGCAGGGGUCGUACAUGGCGAUAUCAAACCUCACAAUAUUCUCCUGCGUCGCCGCCGGAUAGAUGGCGACGGCAAUUCUGCUGAAUUCCAAUUCGAGGCAUUAUAUGCCGAUUUUUCAUCGGCACACGGGAUCUCGUUAGAAGAGUCCAGUCAUCUCGGAGAAGUCGCCCUGUCGGCGCUGACUCCCCCUUUCGCGGCUCCGGAGCUAAUGACAGUUGCUGCCAUGAAAGCACCGGGGCUGUCCACUCCAGCGUCCGAUGUGUUUUCCCUAGCCCUCACUCUUCUUGCCGCAGCAACAGGCGAUCUUCUCCUCUAUCCAGGAACCAGCAGUAUGCAGCGGCUAGCCAUGUCUCGCGAAGGCUAUCGCGUCCUCGACUUUGUGCGUUCUGGGCACCACGGCACACGGGUUCCGCGCAGAGGCCUGGUUGAAAGAACCAUCGCACCAGCUGUUGUCAAAACCCCUAGUGAGCGGGUCAAAACUUCCAGGUGGCUUGAUAUUUUGAGUUCCGCAUGA